AGUUAGUUUGGCAGGUUCGAGUCCGUGAAUCCGUCGGGUGGUGGAGUCAUACCACCGCUAGAUAAACAUGAAGCCAUUAUAAAGCAUUUAAAUCGUUUAGCUACAAUCAAACAUUUGUUUUGUUUUUUGUUUUGUUUUGUUUUGUUUUGUUUUGUUUUGUUUGUUUUAAUGUCGGUGUUCGAGUUGUUUUCACACAGCGACAGACAGGAACGGGUCCGGUUUAAAAGGACAGCUUCAAGCUAUAGUGGACGGCUCUGACUGAGCACACGAGUAAACGUAGGAUAAACGCACGUGGGCCAGAUGCUGGCAGGCACCCACACAGUUUGAAGCAGACUCCGUCGCGAGUUCGUGCGUCGUUACAGGAAGAAGCGUUGAAACGGAUGUAUGACAAUGACCUGUGCGGUGAGCGCCACCAGCCACGGUUCGUCUCCUCUCGUCGUCUUUAACUUGACAUUUUAGCGACACAUGAGAGCCAUUAACUGCAGUCACCGCUCUGUUUGGAUUAUUCUGUGCGCCGCGGGACCCCGAGAGCGACUUUAUCUGCGCUGAGAGCACAACUGUUGGAGAAAACAUGGGGACUCAAGGCACAGGACGGAAAAGAUCUACCAAGAAGGAGAGGUCCACGGCAGAGGACGAUGCGCUCAAUCUCAUAGCGAGAGAGGCUGAGGCCAGGCUGGCAGCAAAGAGGGCAGCCAGGGCAGAGGCCAGAGAGAUCCGCAUGAAGGAGCUGGAGAGACAACAGAAAGAGAUCUUUCAGGUGCAGAAGAAGUAUUAUGGCUUGAACACCAAAUUCGAUGACCGUGUGGACAGCAGAUGGGGAGAUAUUGAGCAAUGGAUGGAGGACAGUGAGAGAUACUCACGUUCUUCACAGAUACAUACGCUCUCAGACGACGAUGAGCGGAUGUCAGUUGGAAGCCGGGGGAGUGUCAGGUCGGAUCUUGAUGCGGUCGGGGCUUAUGGUGGAGGGGGCUCCUCACAUAAGAAGUCAAAGAAAAAGAAGAAACAUAAGCACAAAGACAAAGAUAGGAACGGCUACGAUGAUGAGUACAGUGUCAUAUCCAGCAGGAGCUCAAGACUCAGUGAUGAAAGCCGAGUGUCUCACUCCUCCAGGCUAGACCUAACGAACUCUUAUGCCUCCUCUGACUUGUACAGUCUCAAUGGUCUGUCCACCUCCAGAAACUCAGGUUCAGCUUUCAAUGGUUACCAGUUCUGCAGGUCACUCAGUCAGAUCACCCAACAGCUCUAUAAUAGGAGCUCCUUAUAUGAAGACAGUCUCUGCAGCGGAUCACGGCGAGUCAUUGGCUCCAGCUGCCAUCCCUUAGAGUACACUGGUUAUCGCAAUUCCAGCUCCAGAGCCUCCAGCAGGGCCAGUUCAGCCCGUACCAGCCCAGUGGACAACUGCGGCUCUGUUGCCAGUUUUUUGAGGAGUGCGGCCAGUAGCAGCGGCCUCCCCCGGGACCUGGACGAUGUUACUAUUCCUGACUUUUCAGAUGUGAGUCGGUUUGCACCCGCAGGAGCCAGAAGCUGCGAUGUGGAGGACAGAGACUAUCUUGAGAAGGGGUCACGAGCAGCUUCUGCCUUAACUGCAGCAACCCUCACGUCCUUAGGUGGGACGUCCUCCCGGAGAGGAAGUGGAGAGACAGCUUUAACAAUAGACGCCGAGACCUCCAUACGAGAAAUCAAGGAGAUUCAUGAACUCAAGGAUCAAAUUCAAGAUGUGGAAACCAAGUACACGCAGAACCUAAAAGAAGCCAAGGAUGCAUUAGCAGAAGUGGAGGAGAAGUAUCGCAAAGCCAUGGUGUCCAAUGCCCAGCUGGAUAACGAGAAAAACAACUUGAUGUACCAGGUGGACACACUCAAGGACUCACUUAUGGAGCUGGAGGAACUUCUGUCUGAGUCACGCCGAGAAUACGAGGAGAAAGUCAAGGAAUAUGAGCGAGAGAAACAUGCCCACAGUGUCCUUCAGUUCCAGUUCAAUGAAAUGAAAGAGACACUAAAACAGAGUGAAGAGCUGUUAAAUGAGAUCCGUCAGCUGCGUAUGAAACAGGAUGGUUUUGUCAGAGAAAUAUCUGACCUGCAGGAGACAGUGGAGUGGAAGGAUAAAAAAAUUGGGGCCUUAGAGCGACAGAAAGAAUACACAGACGCCAUCCGAACUGAGCGAGAUGAGCUCAGAGAGGAGGUGGUGAAGCUGAAAGACAUUCUGAAGAAACAUGGAAUAGUAUUGGGACCUGAUCUAAAUGUCAAUGGGGACAUUGGCGAAGCAGAAGUUGACGGGUCCCCUGGUGGAGACACCGCCCGCCAACCCGCUCAGGAUUCACAGACCUCCCCAACAGAGGGGAACAGCAUGCUCGGCAACACAGAGGAGACUCAGUUGAGAAGUAGCAGCGAGGAAGAGGUGGAUCCAGAGCAGCAUCAAGAAAUGCUGAAAGAGGAAGACAAAGAGAAUCAACUGAGCUCUGAUACACUGUGUAAUGUUGCCGAUGCAUCCACAGUGGAAACGUCUAGGGAAGAACAACCUGCAGAAGAACGACAAUCAUGUUUAUCCACAGAGAAAGACAGUGUUGGAGAAAGUAGCCUCAGCAAUGACUUACCUGAUGUUAACAAUGGUCCAAUCACAGAAGCUGAAGAUGUAAACGUUUGCAGCGCUGAUCCUCAAGAAAUUGUAACAAAUGCAGAGGAAAAUAUUCCAGAAACAGAAAUGCCUGAGAGUGUAGAUUUAGGAGAGUCAAAUAACCCAGGCUUAGAGGAGACAGAAACCAAAAGCAGCGGUGUUGACGCACGCAGUGAUGACAAGCUUUGUGAAGAGCAAGUAAACAAACAAGACGACGCUGAGGAAGGUAAUUUGGCGAAUCCAGAAUCCAGAAAUGAUGUUGUGAAAGAAGAAAAUGUACCCCAUGAGACCAUCUCAGCAGUACCAAACAUUGAACCUCAACAAGAGCCUGAGAAUGCUGAGGAGGCAGAGAACGAUGAGGCAGAGGAAGCGCCCAGUAAAUCUCAGGGUGCUACUGCUUCAGGGAAAAAGAAGAAGAAGAAGAGGAGAGGCAAAAAGAAAGGUGGGAACCAACAAAAAGAUGGAGCAGGAAAAGGAAACGGAAAAACAGAACAAGAUGUAGAAUCAAGUAAAAAAGAUAAUCAGUCAACAACAGAGCCUAACAUUGACGAUUCUGUCACUGAAACCAUCAAGGAGUCAAAGAUGGGUCAAGUUAAUGAGCAGGACAGGCAAGAAACUGAGGAAGUAGAUGCAGCAAAAGCAGUGGAACCCACUGAUACCUUUCCUCACAAAGAAGAAUCGAGAAUGGCUCAUGUUACAAAUGAGCACACCAAGGACCAAAGUUUGGAGACUGAGACAGCAAAGGAAAUAAAAGUAGUGGCACCAACUGAAACUCUUUCUGACAGUGAAACUCCCAAGGAAAUAAGAGUAGAUUAUGUUACGAAUGAAAAGGACAAAGAACACAGUUUGGAAAGUGAAACAGUAGAAGCAGUGGAGGCAGAGGCAGAGGCACCUACUGAAACUCACAUUGAAACUCUGGAGGAAUUAGGAACAGAACCUACGAAGGAUGAGCGGGACGGAGAACAGAGUUUGGAAACAGAGAGUGUAGGCAAAGUGGAAUCUAUAACAAGUCCUCCAGAGACCAAUCUCAGUACAUCUGACUGUCCUGACACCUCCAACAGUACAGAGAUCACAGAUGGCCUUGAUAAAGAGUGUACCUGCAGUGUAGAUAACUCUGUAAGUGGACACAUCUCAACUAAUGGUGUAGUCAUCCACAGUAAUUCACAAGCUGAUGAUCACAUAGAGGAUGAAGCUGAGUCUGCUGAUGAGGUUAAACCUGAAUGUGCAGCUAAUAACCCAGAAAGCAGCCUUGAAAGAAGCGGUGAGGAGAAAACCGAAGCUGAAUCACACGUUUCAAGCAAUGAUGACGUUGCUGCCGAUGUAUCUGAAUCCACAAACAAUUCUGAGAGAGAGGAUUUCACAGGUGUCUCGCCGCCAUGUACUGACGAGUGCUUCAAAAGCUCGUCUGACUCAGAGCCACCAUCAGAGCCAUCCGUAGCCAGGAGCUCGCUUAGCCAUGACAGUCCCAUCGAGGUUUCGGGUAGAGGUCCGGAGGAGGCAACUGAGACAGUUAAAGAUGAGGAGGAGCCAGGAAAAGAGACUGAGCAAGAAUGUUUUCCUCACAUUGUCAUUUCUCUCUGUCACGAUGGCAGUGAUUCUGAGCUGAAACAGGAUGGACCUCAGGAGGAGGAGCUGAACAGAGACUUGAAGGAACCUGAAGAUUUUGUGGAGUCAGACAGCUCCUCACACCAUGAACAAGGCAACAGUUGUGACGGUGAAUCAUUGGCGAAAAACACUGAUGCAUUAGAUGCUGAAAAGUUGGAGACUGUAGGUCAGGUUGAACUUUUAGAUGACGUAGAAAGUAAGACAUCAGAUGGUGUGCAACAGACUGAUGAAUCAAAUCAACUGUCUUUGGAAACCAGUGAUGUGUUAAAUACACCAGACUCUCCAGAAGAGGCCUCAGAGAUUGGUUCCUCUAUUGAGCAGGACCACAACACUGAAGACUCAGCUGUUUCAGAUGAUCCUGAGCAUAAAAUCAGUCAGAAUAAUCAGGAAAGUGAGACAUCUCUUUGUCCUUUGGCUGAGGAACUGCAUGAAUCCAGCAAAGACAAAUCAGAGGAUAACUCAUGUCAGCCCACCCAGCUGGACAGCAAUGAGGAGGACAGUGAAGAUGAAGAGGGGCAGUCUUUUGAUUUUGAUGACAUGGAUAUUGAGACAGCUGAAGCAACAGAUCCCUCUAAAAAUCAAGAACAGGAAGAAGUUGAGGAGGGAGUUGACGUCAUGUCAGAUGAAAGCAGCAAUGGUAAUACAGAGCCGUGCCAAAGUGAUACUGCCCUAAACGAAGCUACACAGAACAAGCCAAACAAAAGCAGUGACGAGAAGUGUACGGUUGAUGAGGGUAACCAGGUAGAUACUGGAGAUAAAGAGUCAGGUACUGUUCCUAAAGACAACCAAGACACUUUGGCUCAUGAGGAGGCCACAGCAGAUGGGGCGAGGCACAUUAUAGAGGAAGGCAAGGUUUUGGAUGUUGGAGAGGUAGAGUUGGGUGUUGUUGCAGAAAACAUUAACCAGGCAAUGCCUUUACCUGUAGAACAAGGAUUAGAUGCCAUUAAACAAGAGUUACAGAGCGACCAAAUGAGUGCAGACCAAAUGGCUAACAACAAAGAGACACCACAGUCAGGGAAGGAUGCGAAGAAGAACGGCAAGAAAGGCAAAGGCAAGGGCAAAGAGGAAUGUAAGAUGUCUUAGUUCACCAUGGUAGAUGUUAUAGAUUUAUUUGAUGUUCCUUUACUAGUCUUUGCUUAGCUGUUAACAAAGUGGUAAAAUUAAUAUCUGCAAAACCUCAGAGCACUUUGAUUAUUUCCCAAAUGAACAUUGGUGUAAGUAUGUAUAUUACUUGUUAAAAUGUUAAUUGUCCAAAGUCCAAACAUGAGUUUUCAUUGAGGUUAUAUAUGCAAAAAGAAUCAUUUGUGGAGAGAGAAGAAUGUAAACUGCUCAGUAACGGUAGAUUUUAAUAUUGGACAAUACUGCACUUAUAUAUCAGGCAAGAUUUACUUAGUUAUGAAUGCACCUUUAUUAUGCUGCUUGUACUGUGAGGAUAAUAUUGCUCCGCAGCAGCAUCACAGACCGUUUGUCCUGCUCGAUGCCAAUUCUCAUUCCUUCAAGGAACUCAUUCAUGUAUGUUUCACAGGUAUACAAUAAAAAACACAAAUUCUAAUUACUAAUUCUCAUUAAGGCUUCAUCAAACUGGCUUUUUUACGUGUUCUGGCCAUAAUGUUGAAGGUUUAAAAUAAAAAAUGGAAACGAUAUUCUGUUCACAGGAAUUAAUACAACUGUUGUUUGAUCUGAAUAAAGCCAUUUCCAUCUACAUGGACUCUGAAUUCUAAGGCACAUGAAUGUAUGAUAAAUACAUGUUUGUGUUUUGUUGUGUUUAAUGGAAAAGAUGAAUGUGGUUCCUGUACAAUGAAGUGCCAAUAAAUGCCCUGUUGUUACUCAUUUGAAAUGUUGAUCUAAAUGUAUUUUUCUAAUGAAAUUCCUUGAAUGACAUAAUGAAAAGCAGUGUGUCAGCUCUUAGCAAGGAGUAUUGCAACCAUCUUUUUCCAUUCAGCACGUUUAUACUCAGAUGUCCAUAUGGACACGUUGUGUGUUCAUCCAGUGUGAAUGUAGGUCUCCCAGCUGUGUGCUCUUGCAUUGACCCUCCUCUCCACAGCCUGUGCAUGCUAACAUUCCCCCUCACACUCUGCUCCAUCACUCCCUCAUGGAUUCCUGCUCUGUUGCAU